AUGUCAAAUGGAAAUACCAGGAUUAGGAUUAUAGAGGAUGAAAUUAGAAGAGACGGGGUACAACCUCUGAAAAAGAAUGUAGGAGACCGUGAAUAUAGAAUUGAGCUCGGGCUGACGAAUGAGGAAGGUGAUGCAUUAUGCAUUAGGAAGUCUUUCACUUUGAAGUACGUACGCAACACUACACCAACUCGAAUUAUAGUUUCCCGAACGCUGGAUUAUUGCUUCAACCAGGUAUUAGCGGGAGAGCUGCGUCUACUUAUCGGAAUCAGAUCUUAUCCAUUGCCAGCAUUGAAGAAGUUGUCAAAGUAG